UGGUUACUUUGGUAUAUUUGGAAUCGAGGAAUUUGUGGGAAAAAACCAUUUUCAAAGUUAGAAACUGAAAGCCCGAUGAAUGCAGUGACAACAAUAGAAACAGAAAAACCAAAACAUACAAACAAACAAACAAAGCAAAAAAAACUAGGCACAGCCUGUUUCCAUCUGCCCCCUUCUAUGGUACUACCUUAUAUCAUUGAAGGGUUUUAGCCUCUUUUCUUUACAAUCUUCUAUUCAGAAGAGAGAGAGCCUUCUUUUUUCUUUCUUUCUUUCUUUUUCUUUCUAUUAUUGUGUUGUAAAGGAGGAGGCUCUUUUGGAGGAGGUGGGGGACUUUUAGAAGAUGAUAAGAUGGUGGAUAUAUGCUUUGCAAUUAGCGGAGCUGCUUGUUAGUUCUUUGGUGCAUGUGCUAUAUGGGUUGUAUAUCUUUAGCACGGCCGUUGCUGGGGAUCUUUCCCAGGCUUUAACUGAUCGCUUUUUUAAGCCUAAUGCAAAUAUAGAGGUCAAAAGCGAGGAUCCCAGUGGGACCAAUGUUGAUGAUCUGCCUCCUAUUGUAUUGGUUCAUGGCAUUUUUGGAUUUGGCAAAGGAAAAUUAGGAGGUUUUUCAUAUUUUGCUGGGGCAGAGAAGAAAGAUGAGAGAGUUCUUGUGCCUGAUUUGGGAUCUCUUACCGGCAUAUACGAUAGGGCGCGUGAAUUGUUCUAUUAUUUGAAAGGAGGACAAGUUGAUUAUGGUGAAGAACAUAGCAAGGCUUAUGGGCACUCGCAGUUUGGACGAAUUUAUGAACAAGGGAAUUACCCACAAUGGGAUGAAGAUCACCCUAUUCACUUUGUUGGCCAUUCGGCUGGUGCACAGGUCGUGCGUGUCUUGCAGCAGAUGCUUGCUGAUAAGAAAUUCAAAGGAUACGAGGAUACCUCUGAGAACUGGGUUUUAAGCAUAACAUCCUUAUCGGGGGCUUUCAAUGGCACUACUAGAACUUAUUUCGACGGCAUGCAGCCAGACGAUGGGAAAACGAUGAAACCUCUAAGUCUGCUUCAACUAUGUCGGAUUGGAGUUAUAAUUUAUGAUUGGUUAGAUAUCCCGUGGCUAAAGGAUUAUUACAAUUUCGGGUUCGAUCAUUUCAACAUGUCAAGGAAAAAAUUGGGUGCUUGGGGUCUAGUUGAAUGCCUGUUGGGGAAUGCAGGGCCGUUUGCUACAGGAGAUUGGAUUCUUACUGAUCUUACAAUUCAAGGGUCAAUGGGAAUGAAUAGCCAUCUCCAAACCUUUCCCAAUACAUUCUAUUUCAGCUACGCAACCAAGCGUACAACCAAGAUCCUGGGCGUAACAGUCCCUUCCGGCAUUCUUGGUAUACACCCAUUGCUUUUUAUACGAGUACUACAGAUGAGCCAAUGGCGUCAUCCGCCUGAUGUUCCUCCCCCUUACAAAGGCUACAGGGAUGAGGAUUGGCAGGAGAAUGAUGGAGCUCUGAACACAAUAUCAAUGACUCAUCCACGUCUCCCAAUUGAGCACCCAAGCCGUUUGGUUGUCAAUGAUUCUGAUUGCCUGCCUUUGCAGCCAGGCAUAUGGUAUUAUAAGAUUGUAGAGGCAGAUCACAUAUUGUUCAUAGUGAAUAGGGAAAGAGCAGGCGUCCAAUUUGAUCUGAUAUAUGACAGCAUAUUUGAGCGUUGCAGAAAGCAUGUGUUUAGAAAGACUCCACAAAUAUUACCCAAUCAAGCUCCCUAAAUAAUAGUCUUAGCACCCUCUUAUUUACUAAUUCAAUGUUUGCAGUUGGUAGAGAAAAUCCAUCAUAACCCCGCCCCCCCCGACCUUACUCCCCUGCUGUCAAUGUAAAUUAUUUCCUUCUCAUUUCUGUUUUUCCUCUUACCACUUUCACUCCUUUGUAGUUUUAUGAGGGACAUCACAAGAUGUAGUUUAUGUAUCACUCUUGUUUUCUUAGAUGUAUUUUGGAAGACAUUCAUUCUCCUUUUAUGUUUUA